GCACUCGGGCUGCGGGCGCUGGCAGCCAGACGGGUGGGAGGGGCUGGAGCAAAAGUUCCGGGAGCCCGAGCCGGCUGCUCGUGCCAUGGAGCGGAGCCCCGACGUGUCUCCCGGGCCUUCCCGCUCCUUCAAGGAGGAGUUGCUCUGCGCCGUCUGCUACGACCCCUUCCGCGACGCAGUGACUCUGCGCUGCGGCCACAACUUCUGCCGCGGGUGCGUGAGCCGCUGCUGGGAAGUGCAGGUGUCGCCCACCUGCCCGGUGUGCAAAGAUCGCGCAUCGCCCGCCGACCUGCGCACCAACCACACCCUCAACAACCUUGUGGAGAAGCUGCUGCGCGAGGAGGCAGAGGGCGCGCGCUGGACUAGCUACCGCUUCUCGCGCGUCUGCCGCCUGCACCGCGGCCAGCUCAGCCUCUUCUGCCUGGAGGACAAGGAGCUGCUGUGCUGCUCCUGCCAGGCCGACCCCCGACACCAGGGGCACCGCGUGCAGCCGGUGAAGGACACUGCCCACGACUUUCGGGCCAAGUGCAGGAACAUGGAGCAUGCGCUGCGGGAGAAGGCCAAGGCCUUCUGGGCCAUGCGGCGCUCCUAUGAGGCCAUCGCCAAGCACAAUCAGGUGGAGGCUGCGUGGCUGGAAGGCCGGAUCCGGCAGGAGUUUGAUAAGCUUCGCGAGUUCUUGAGAGUGGAGGAGCAGGCCAUUCUGGAUGCCAUGGCCGAGGAGACAAGGCAGAAGCAGCUUCUGGCCGACGAGAAGAUGAAGCAGCUCACAGAGGAGACAGAGGUGCUGGCACAUGAGAUUGAGCGGCUGCAGAUGGAGAUGAAGGAGGACGACGUUUCUUUUCUCAUGAAACACAAGAGCCGAAAACGCCGACUCUUCUGCACCAUGGAGCCAGAACCAGUCCAGCCUGGCAUGCUUAUCGAUGUCUGCAAGUACCUGGGCUCCCUGCAGUACCGCGUCUGGAAGAAGAUGCUUGCAUCUGUGGAAUCUGUACCCUUCAGCUUUGACCCCAACACCGCAGCCGGCUGGCUCUCCGUGUCUGACGACCUCACCAGCGUCACCAACCACGGCUACCGCGUGCAGGUGGAGAACCCGGAACGCUUCUCCUCGGCGCCCUGCCUGCUGGGCUCCCGUGUCUUCUCUCAGGGCUCGCACGCCUGGGAGGUGGCCCUGGGGGGGCUGCAGAGCUGGCGGGUGGGCGUGGUACGUGUGCGCCAGGACUCGGGCGCUGAGGGCCACUCGCACAGCUGCUACCACGACACACGCUCGGGCUUCUGGUACGUCUGCCGCACGCAGGGCGUGGAGGGGGACCACUGCGUGACCUCGGACCCAGCCUCGUCGCCCCUGGUCCUGGCCAUCCCACGCCGCCUGCGUGUGGAGCUGGAGUGCGAGGAGGGCGAGCUGUCUUUCUAUGACGCGGAGCGCCACUGCCACCUGUACACCUUCCAUGCGCGCUUUGGGGAGGUGCGCCCCUACUUCUACCUGGGGGGUGCACGGGGAGCUGGGCCUCCAGAGCCUUUGCGCAUCUGCCCCCUGCACAUCAGCAUCAAGGAAGAACUGGACGGCUGAGCCGGCCCGGGGCUGCCCAGGUCUUGUGCCACGGCACUGUUUUCUUUCUGCCCUCUUCCUAAUGCCCACAUUGCUUGGGCACUGCUGUGCCCCCACCUCCUUGCCAGGCUCUUCCCCCUGUCCCGCCUGGUCCUUUUCCGUGACUCCAGGCUGUGCCUCUCUCCAUGUUUGGUCCCUUCUCUGUCCACAGUCAGGAGCUAUCUGGGUGGCACCUCACUGGCCAGGCUCUCCCGAGUCGUGGCACCUCCACAAUGUGAAUUUUCUGAAUCCCCAUUCCCAGAUUUCUGAGAAUAAUGUUUACUUCUAGAAUGGGCCUGUUGUAAGCCAUCUCAUCCAGGUGUGGUAAAGCCCUUGGAUGAGGCGGGGACUGCCAUGGAAAGGAAAGUUUGUUACUUAUGGUUCCAAGAGGAGGGGCUGCAUAGGAAAGCCCCAGGGUGGGUCAGAGGGAGGAAGGAGGGAGGGGAACAGUUGGGCAGGAGACUUCGUCUGCUUUUCUCAGGAGGAAAUGGGCAAGGCAGAGUAAGCAGGGGAGACAGGUUUAGGGGUAGCUGACUUGAGUAAUUUCAGUGGCUCUCAGCGUAGGGGCUGGUCUUUUUGUCUGAUACCUGGCCCCAGGAUAGUCAGGACAGGUGAAUGUUGGCCUGGGGUGUGACAGCCCUGGGAGAGCCAUGUGAAGGAGGCAGCUGGCACCAUCGCUCCGGAUUAGUUGGUUUCCGUAGGAAAGAUGUGUGCUCAGCCGGAUGCUUGCUAUCUUCAGGGAUUAGGGGAUUGGCUAGCCUGGGAGGAGCAGUCUGUCUAGGUCAGCGAGACCCCAGAUAUGAGAGCAUCAAGAGUACAGGAAAUACAGUUAAUGCAGGGCCUCUGCAUGGCUGUAUCCCCCGUCCCCAUCAGAUCAGCUCUGAUUGAUCUGUUCUUGCACAGUUUCUUCUGAACCCAGGGUUGCAGAGCACUUAAACACAACAUUUAAAAUCGUGGUUUCGGCCUAUUUCCUUGCCAGGCCCGUUUCCCCAUCUGGAAAUGAGAUAGGAAGACUGGAUGAGGACAUCCUGCUAUAGUCGCUGUGGAGGAAAUUCCUCUGGUUAAUUCUCAUCAGUGUCUGCAGAAAGGAAGGAAAGGGGGUACCCUUUUUGGUUGGGAAGAAAGGAGAAGGGUGGUGCCGUGGACGUGGCCCUAAACGCUGUGGGAGAGGGAAGAGGAGACUGGGCCUCGCUGCCCUCUUGUCUCUGCUGACAUCAGCCUGGUCAUGCUUGCUCUACCACUUGCGAUUUCAUCCUGAAUUACUUCCUCCACCGUGCCUGCAGACUUUUCCCUAGGCUUGUUUUUUCUCCCACAUCUCUGAAGAGAGUUUUUAAUCGUCAACUCACUAUGUCCCAGGAAGUGGCAUCAUAAAAGGAAGUUUUUUUUUUCCUAGGAGCAGUGUUAAAAUCUGGGUCACAUUCCUGACCAAGGACUCAGCAUCCCACUUUCUGCCCAUCCCCUCCAGUUCACAAAAACUGACAUUUUAAACAAAUCAUGACUCAUGCCUAUUAGUUGAUUAUAAGUAUAUUGUGUACACUGGUUACAUAAAACUUAGAGCCACAAGGAGGGCCCAGGUAGGCAAUGCCAGUGUGUGAAGGGGCUGGGUUGGGUGUGGUGAGGAUGUUGGCAAACCAGCGCAUGCACCUGGUUGGAAGACGCUCAUCCUCACAAAAACUCCAAGCCCUUUGGGAGCCAAAGCGUCUGAGAGUGUGACACUCCUAUAAAGUAUUUAUCACACCCAUUAAUAUAAUUUCUAUAUGAUAAACUUGACCUGAAAUUAUUUCAUUCGUUAUAUUAAAAUUUUAAAAAUGUUUUUUAUUUUCACUCUAGAUAUGGGAAGAGUUUUUUGGUUUUUUGUUUUUUAAACAGGAUAACUUGAGCAGGCCAGGCCUCUUAAAAAAUGAUAUUUGAGCUAAAACUCAUUUUUCUUUUGGCAUUUUCUUUUCAACGUUCUUAUAAGCAAAGUUCAUCCACGUUGUAGCAUGUGUUCAGCUUUAUUUUUUCGUCGGCUAAUAUUCCAUUGUAUGGAAUGAUAGUACUACAUUUUAUUUAUCAUGCAUCGAUUGGUGGACAUUUGGGUUGUUUCUACUUCUUGACUAUUAUACAUAAGGCUGCUAGGAACACUUGUGUACAAGUUUUUGUGUGGACAUAUGUUUUCAUUUCUCUUUGGUAUCUGCCUGGGAGCAGAUUUGCUGGAUCAUGUGGAAACUGUUUAACCCUUGAGGGACUCCCAAGCUGUUUUCCAGUGUGGCGACACAAUUUUAUAUCCCGUCAACAGGGCAUGAGGGUUCUGAUUACUCCACAUGCCUCAGUGCUUUUUAUUAUCCAUCUUUAGCCGUCCUAGUAGGGGUGAUGUGGCAUUUCAUUGUGAUUUUGGUUUGCAUUUCCCUGAUGGCGAAUGAUAUUGAGCAUCUUUUCAUGAGCUUAUUGGCCAUUUGCAUAUGUUCUUAGGACAACUAUCUUUGGAUCACUUGCUCCUUUUUUAAUUGGGUUAUUUGUCUUUUUAUUAUUGAGUUGUAAGAGUCCCUUUAUAGCCUAGCACAAGUUCCUUUAACUGGUAUAUGAUUAUAAAAUUUUUCUCUGUGAACUGUUUCAUUUCCUUGAUGAUGUCCUUUGAAAUACUAAAGCUUUUCAUUUUGAUGA